AUCCCCGCCAUUUCACUGUUCCACAAUAUAAAUGCAGAGUUCAUUCGAACGCAAAACCUUGAUACGCCAUUUUCUCCGCCAGAUUCAUAAAAAGGGUUUGUCGGUCUCCUUCGCCUUCAAGGCGAUCGGCGAACGCCAAAACCAGGCCUAAGAUCAACCUAAGUGUUCUGAUGGGAGAAACAAAGAAAGGGGAUUCUUCACCUGCCAAUUCCAAAGAGAAAUCUUCAGUUCUAGAUGUGGACUUUGGGAAGGACUUUCUUACCUCCUGGAAAUCAAUGUCUGUGGCAGAUGAUGAUGUUUUAGAUUUUGAUUUUGGAACUGUCACUAAAGGCAAGAAAAAAGCAUUCAACUUUGACAAAUUGGAUGUUGAUUUUUCUCUUGAUGAUGAUUUGGACAAGAUAUCAUCACUCAAAGUUGACAUAUCUGACCUUGAUAUCUCUUCCCCACCCAAGAAAGCUGGAAAAAACAAGGAAACAUCAGAAAAAAAUGAAUCUUCUAGUGGGAACCAUCAACAAAAGCGAGGGCAAUUUAGCUUUGCAUUUGAUUUUAAUGAGUUGGAUAGUUUCAGCUUCGAGACAAGCUCAAAGAAAGAAGGAAAAAACAUUGGUGAGGACAAUGAAGAAGUCUCAACUAUAAGGGAGUGCCAAGGUUCCAAAGUUGGCCUAAGUGAUGGUUUUGGUGCAUCAGAAGGUGGUGGAAAUCUAAAUCUUGCAGCAUCAGAGGGUGUGAUCACUUCAAAAGCUCAGUCUUUUGUUGGUAGUCUUCAAGAUGUUCCAAUAAACAAAAAUUUCCCCUCAAGUUGUUUGCAAGAUGACAAUGACCUUUCUAAAUCUGCAGCCACUAUAGGUGUAGUUGCAUCAGAGGAAGCAAGAGGUUCACCAGAUAUGAUAAUUGCUAAUAGCACAAAAGAGAGAAACCAAGACAAUUAUUAUCAACAAGAGAAGACAACUUCCUCAGAACAAUAUUCUCAGGAGAACAUGCAGGAUCUUUCUGUGCAAUCUGCAUCUGAAAAUGAGCUAACUCAAGAUAGUGCCUUGCAAGUGGAAAUUCCUUCCCUGGACUCAAAAGUGACUAGAGAUGCAGAGAAAGAACAAAUUGUUAAUUGCAAAUCAGCAUCUGGUCUGGGGCUAAAUGGUGAAAACGGAUUGUUGGAGGACUCACCAGCGCUACACAUAGUAGGGUUGUCAUGCAAUGACGGGGAACAGAACAGGUUUGAGACUGAUAAUAAUGUUUAUUUAGGCCGUACAGAUGGCAAUGCACCAGCUCAAGGUGACUCAGGUUUUGAAGAUAUUGCCACCACAAGGAUCUCAAGGGAAUCAAUGCAUGACACAAAGGCCAGCGCAGACAAUGAAAAAGAAAACGCAGAGCAGUUGACUUCAUUUUUUUCUAGUGGAACCUCAGUUCCUAAAUUGAUUCAAAUGAAGGAAAAAAAAACCAGUGUUAUCCAGUCAAAGUAUUUCAAGAAAACAGAUGAAAAGGAAUCUCAACCACAAGAGACACCUCCAACUAGGACAGGACUUACCAGGUUUAGUGGCAAGACAAUUGGCUCCAGGCAACAAAUAGAAGAAGGAAGUAAUGUUACUGACUCUAAAGGUGCACUAAGUGGGAGCAAACUGGUCAGAGUUUCAACUUUACAUUCUGGAGAACUAAAUGAAGGUGAACCUGUUCUGACAGGAAGGGAGAGGAGUGUUAGAGGAUUUAAGAAUAUUGAGGAGCACAUCAAUGCUGAUUCUACACAAAAUGGGAGCAAUUUAAAUGAUUCUUCUUCUUCAAGGCAACAUGAUCCAAAAGUAACAAACAAUGAAGCUUGUCAGGAAAAUGAAAAGAAUGUCAAAACUCUUGUUACUCUUAGCUCACCUUUGUGGACAAAUAGAUCGAACAUGCAGAAUCUCUCAGGUACUAGACUCCCAGAUUCAAGCAUGGUAUCUACCAAGCACUCAAAUAAUAUUUGUGAUGAAGGGAAAAACACUGCUCCUCUUAAAGCUGAUAGGAGCCUACCUGAUCUCUCUAGCUUGAAGAUUUCAAGAACUAUUGGAGUCAAACAUCAUCCACCAAAUUCUACAUUUCCCAAGCAAUUGACAUUGGCAUCCUUGAGAAACACAAAGCAAAACAUGGUAGUACAAGGAAAUACAGUAUUAAAGAUAGCCCAUUCUACUAGCACACAGAAGCUCAGAUCUCCAACCCCAUCUUUGAAGAGGAAAGCAUUUGAGGUAUCAAAUACAAUGCUCAGCUUAAAUCCAUCAAAGCGUCUCUCACAAUCACCUACUGAUAGCAGAACUGUUAGAGAACCUUCAGAAAGAGUUAUAGAAAAAAAGGUUUGCAACCAUGAGGAGCUACUUGAUAAUAAAACCAGUAACAUUUCUAAAGAAUGUCAAACUUCUAUCCCACAUUUUCCUCAAGAGGUGAACAUGAUAGAAGAACCAAUUCCUUUGGUGAUGGAAAAUGACGACAAUGUUGGAAAGGCUGAGGCAUAUUCAAAGCAGCUUGAAGAUAUUUGCAACAUGCUGAAAAAGAAACAUGAGGAGGCAAAGGAAUUAUUAGUUCGAGCUAUCGUAAACAACAAUAACUUGCUGAUGCUCAACCAUCCCCUUUAUGAUGAGAAGAUUCGUAAGGUUCAGAAAUUUGCUGCCCAGCUAAUGUCCAAGGGGCUUCGUGCAUAAACAUUUAUCAGUUAAGAGCAGCAGCUUAUCAUUUAGUUCAGCUUUGUGGACAUGAAAGUGCGGACCUUCCCCCAGAAAGAAAAAAUUAUGAAAAUCUGCGUAAAGUUGGCAGCAUGAGUUUUUAUUUUUUGAUGAUUCUUUCCAAUUUUUUUUUUUUUUUCAUGUAAUUCAUAGCCUGAAGAAGCAGUUCGGUUGGGUUUUUAAUGCUAAAAUGAUUUUGUCAGGAACAACUUCGCCGCAAAAGGUCUUCUAACUCUCAACUCCACAGUUUACCUACUUAGGAGGGGCCACGUGGAUAUAUGGACCGGUUCAAGACAGAAGAACUCUUUUUCAUAUGAACUUGAACAGUAUGGAUUUCAGCUGACUUGGUGAUAGCGAUAUGCCCAAGGAAAGGAGCAAAACUCUUGGUUGCAUUGGAGCAAUUUUUUUUUUUUUUUUUUUAGAAAUGUGACAUAAAUCAUGCCGUACAACUUCAGCACAAUCAGGGAUAAGAAAUAAAAAAAUCUCAGGCGGUUCUGAUUCUAACAAACUAAAAUUUGAACUGGUGCCUUCAUCCACCUCAAAUCAACAUUUAGCCAUCAAAUUCUUUGUUUUAGUUUGGCUACUGCAUAAAUAAAUUGUGAUUAAGGAUUUCUCUCUUUUUAAGUAACAACAUCAGAUUAGAAGCUUGUCAAUCCUAUACAUUACAUAGUAAUUCUUACGAUUACACUCUAUCUUGCACAUAUAAAUAAAAAAUAUGAUUCUGAACUGAUUUUGAUAGUCUUUGGACCAGAAAUUAGUUUUACUCGAUUAAAUUUGUCAUUAAUUUUUACACAAAUGCACAAAUUUCAUUUUAUACCUUAGUUGAUAUUAGGAAAUUUGCUAUUAAUUUUUAGGCAAGUGCUAAGUGUUUUAUUAUUAUUUUUUUCUCUUUCAUAUGUGUUUUAUAGUUGAUUGCUUGUUAGAUGAGCGGAGAAAAUCGCUAAUAUUGGUUAAAACCGUAACUUGAGUAGGAGCCGAGAUCUGCUGUUUUAAAAUGCUGUCCUAUUAGCUGUCCCUCCAAUCAAAAAUAGCCACGUCAUCAUAUAAUUAAACAUAAUAAAAAAUCUGUUGUAUCUCCAACUUAACGGCAGCAAGUAACGCCAUCUUCUAAAAUCUGUUCUGCAGACCUUCUUCUUGCUGUCUUCUUCUUCCACCUCAAGGUCCAGCUUCACAAUCGCCAACGUCGGCCGCAACACUGCCUUUGCCUUCUUUCAGGACGGUCGCUGCCACACCAGCACUAGAAAAAGAAGCCGAUCAGCACUGCCAUCGCCGUCGUCAACACAGAUCCAGUCGAGAUUCUCUACCAGAGCUCGCAACAGCUUGUCUGAAUGGUUAUUCCAAAGAUGGCGUCUCAUUUCAAGCCCGUGGUCGUCUUCUUGACCUGUUGAUGAAGUCGAAUUCGCCUGCGACAGCUUGGGCGUUCUACUCGAAGAUUUUGGGUUGUGGGUACUGUAAUGAAAUUUUAACAUUCUGAUGUACAGCUUGUGCAAGGUAAAAUGAAAGAAGCCCAGUUGAUUUUUGAUCAAAUUGGGAAGUGGGGUUUGAGGCCUAAUGCUAUUAGUUCAAUAAGUUGAUAAAUGGUUACUGUAAAUUGGGAAAUUUGGAAGAAGGGUAUCUUUUCCCAAUGCUUAUAUUUACAGUGUCUUGAUUAAUGGAUUUUGCAAGAAUAGUAGGUUAGAUGAUGCAAACCAACUGUUUGAUGAAAUGUGUGACAGAGGAUUGGUGCCAAAUGAUGUUAUUUUUAUUAAUUUAAUUGAUGGAGGAUUGGUGCCAAAUGAUAUUAUUUUUACCAAUUUAAUUGAUGGGAACUACAGGUAUGGAAGGAUUGACUUUGAUUAUGCUGCUUGUGAAAUUGUUCUU